CUCAAGCGAAGUCUGGCGGACGAGAGAUGACUUUGAUUCUACUGGCCACCCUCUCCAGCAUCUACACAGGGAUGUUCAACUACGUGAAGUCAAAAUUUCCGUUUGUGAUCGAGGUAGCCAUGGUGACCCUGUGCUUUGGUUCGAUCGUUGGUCGGUUCUGCAUACUGGCUUAGGAGACGACUCAAAAGACUUGGGAUUGUGUGAAUAGGAGGAACUUUAUAUUUAUAUGGAUAUGUCGUGUGGCUUAAUGUGAAUACAAACUAAUGGCUUAAACCUAAA